ACGCUGUAGAGAUGUCGCUGGGAGUAUGGCAAUUGGUCAGUUUAAUCUUGCUGAUGGAUCCGGCCGAGGUGAUCACGGGAUCUUCACAGGCAAAGGAGCUGCCCAUCCAGAGUCUGGAUGAGUUCCGGCAGAGGUACCUACUCCCUCUCAUCUCCUCGGACACAAGAAACUGCAGUCUGAAUGCAUGUGAAUCGCUGGGCAUUGUGUCACAGCUCUUGAUGCUCAUCAACUCCAUGCCAAAUGGAACCCAGUUUGCUGCGAACGAUAAGAAGCCAUACAAGCCCAAGGCGAAUGGCCAUAAUGAUGGAGAUGGCAAUGGCGGGCAGAUAAAUGCCAUGUCUCAUUUGGCCAAUUUCGAUCUGGUGAAGCGGGUGCGACAGAUCGAGAGUCGCCUCCGAUCCGUGGAGCAGCCCGUCUGGCACUUGGCCACUGGCAGCCAAAUCGAAUGGAAUCACUGCACCUCAGGUGUGUGUCGCUGCAAUCCGGACACCAAGAGCUUCACCUGCUGGAAUACCAAUCUCAAAUCAGUGCCUGUCACUCAGGUGAUACCCAUGAAUAUGGUCAACAUAGAUCUUUCGCGGAACAUCCUUUCCACCCUGCACAAGGAUACCUUUCGAGGACUGACAGUGCUGAAAGAGUUGGAUAUAUCACACAAUGUUCUCGAUUUUCUGCCCUUCGAUUUGUUCCAGGAUCUGGAUAGUCUCUUGGUUUUGCGCAUUCAAAACAACCAGCUGGAGGAUAUUGAUCAUCGCACCUUCUGGAAGCUUCGAAAUCUGAAUAUUCUGGAUCUGAGCAAAAACGAAAUCGGCAUGCUACCCGAAUCGAUAUUUUACCACGCCCAAAGGCUCACCGUGAUUAAUAUGUGCGACAAUCAGAUCCAGAACUUUCCACCCAAUCUCCUGCGAGAUCAGCUAAUGCUGGAGGAGCUGGAUAUGUCCAGGAACAAAAUCAGCGAGCUCAGUUCGGGCAGCAUUAGGUAUCUGACCAAGCUGAAGACCCUGGACUUUGGAUGGAACCAAAUAUCCAAGAUUGAUGAUGACUUCUUUGCGGGCCUAAGGAGCCUGCGAACUCUUUCGCUGCAUAACAAUCGCAUCUCUUCGCUGUCGGGUACCAUAUUCAAUAAUUUGGCCAAUUUGGUCACCCUUGAUUUGACCACGAACCGAAUAAGCCAUAUGGAUGGCAAUGCCUUUGUGGAGCUGAAUAACCUGAAUGAAUUGUUUCUGGGCCAGAACUCCAUGUCCAGCAUUCCGGCUGAUCUUUUCCUGAACGUUAGUGCCCUCACACGCUUGACACUAUUUUCCAAUAACCUGACAACCUUGGAAGCCGACGACUUCCAGGGAUUGAGUAACCUGAAGAUUUUGCUGCUUAACAAUAACAUACUGAAAAGUUUCGAUGCCCGCGCCUUUGAGCCUCUUUCACAAUUGGAAAAACUCCGCAUUGACUCCAACAAGCUGAUGUUCCUGCCCCACGGAUCACUUCACGGCCUGGAAAAUUUGGUGGCCGUCAAGCUGGACAAGAAUCCCUGGCACUGCGAUUGCCGAGCCCUGUACUUGGCCAGGUGGAUACGGGAGUUUGUGCUGAAACUGUGGGACGGACAGCAACCCAUGUGCCGAGGUCCUGGCGAUCUGGGAGGCCACGAAGUGGGUCUGCUGCGCUACGAUGACCUCUGCGAUGGCCAGUGGGCCAGCAUGUUGUCCCUUUCGCCACGGCUUCCGGUUCGAAAGCAUCAGAUAUCCACGCCGAUGAACUACACAGACUACUUCAAUCUGUAUCUGAAGCACAUCUACAAUGGCACUACGGAUGAGGAGCUCAAGGAGGCCGAUAUAACCAGCGUGGCCAUCAAGAAGGUGCAUAACUAGGCCUCAGGUGGAACAUCUGAAGACAUUAUACACCUUAUA